CAGGUGAAGAGGUGAGAAGUAUCUCACUGAAAUACUGAAAAAAAACCCUCUCACUGAAUUUGCUCCUUUGGGACUUUAGGAUGGAAGCCUUGUGUUUAGGAGUUUCCUUGCUGCUGCUGGUUCCAGGAUUUGUCCUCAGUGACAGCUCUGACAGAUACACUGCCAAUCAGAGUGACUUGGGAAACUACUUUUCCACUUUCUCAGGGAUCGAAUCCAGCAUACUCCUCACCACCAGACAGCCCCUGGUGUCCAACCAAACUGUCAAAUGCUCCCAGCAGACUAGGAUUGCUGAAACUUUUAAAUACAUUAACACGGUGGUAUCUUGUGCUAUUUUCAUCGUUGGAAUGGUUGGGAAUGCAACUCUGCUGAGGAUCAUUUACCAGAACAAGUGUAUGAGGAAUGGCCCGAAUGCACUGAUAGCCAGUCUGGCACUAGGAGACCUUAUCUAUAUCGUCAUUGAUAUUCCAAUCAUUGUGUACAAGCUCCUUGCUCAGAAAUGGCCUUUUGGAGAUUCUGAAUUUGGACAGUUUCUUUGCAAAUUCCUUCCCUUCAUACAGAAGGCAUCGGUGGGAAUCACAGUCCUUAAUCUCUGUGCCCUUAGUGUGGACAGGUAUAGAGCAGUUGCCUCCUGGAGCCGUGUUCAGGGAAUUGGAAUCCCUAUGAUCACUGCUAUUGAAAUUUUCUCCAUUUGGCUUCUGUCCUUCAUACUGGCUAUUCCAGAAGCAAUUGGUUUUGCUGUGGUGCCUUUCAGAUACAAAGAUGAAGGUUAUGUUACCUGCAUGCUCAAUCCUACAAAUAAUUUUAUGUUGUUUUACAAAGAUGCAAAGGAUUGGUGGCUGUUUGGUUUCUAUUUCUGCAUGCCACUGGCAUGUACUGCCAUCUUUUAUACGCUCAUGACUUGUGAAAUGUUAAACAGAAGAAACAGCAACUUGAGAAUCGCUCUCAGUGAACACCUCAAGCAG